AUGGGAAGGAAACGGAACUGGAUUCGAUCAAUCUCAGUAGAUUCUGAAGGAAACGUCGGUAUUUUCCCUCCGUUUCUUAGAGAAAGAGACAAACUUGCACGGCUGCUUUUGUUUGUUUCUUCCAAAGGAUUAGAUGGACCGUGCGGAACCAUGGAAUCAGAACCUUUGAACUUGUCCAAAUUAAUUUAUUAUAUGACAUCCUUUCCUCUUCUCCUGUUCUGCUUGGCCGCUGUCACGGUGGCUAAAGUAUAUAAGCUUCCUCUCAUAAAAGUUGAAUCAAAAAUGAUUCAAAUGAUGCGCAAAGGAACGUGGAGAGCGUAUGUGAAGGAAAUGGAAAAAAGACGUGUGGAGAUGAUGAAGGACUUGGACGGUAUCAACAAAUAUUCUCAUGAAGCGUACAACUACUUUGACAUGGAGUUCCUCGCAGUUAUUACAGUAGGCAAUCCGGAGCAAAAAUUCCUGAUGAUUCCUGACACUGGAUCUUCGGCCUUCUGGGUUCCUGAUAUCACAUGCAUGCCUCGAAAAAGGCCAGGAUGUGAGGCAGCCGAGUGUGAUUUUGGAUUGAUAUGCGACAUUUUCUGCCACGAGAAAUCGUGUUGCGUGAUCCAAGAAUACAAAAAGGAAGGAUAUGGGUGCAGUGGCAAACAUUACUUCGAAGCAGCAAAAUCAAAAACCUUCAUUCCAAUGGAAGGACGCUGGUUCAUUGGGUAUGGAACUGGAAGUGCGGGAGGUUUCUACGGAAACGACACAGUACGCUUCGGUGAAUCUGGGGACAAUCGUCUUACCGUUCCCGGUAGUCAAAUUGGCUUAGCUUUCGAAGUCGCGGAAUUCUUUGCCGACGUGCUUAUCGUGCAGACAACUCCAGAAUGUUUCCGCAAUGCUCCACUACAGCGAACAAUUCACAGCACGAUUGACCACAUUCACACUGUUUCGAAACUCAUCGAGGUAUCACGAGAGUACAAGAUGCCGCUCUGUCUCACCUUCAUCGACUUGAAGAAGUCCUUCGACUCAGUUGGAACGAAAGCGGUCGUGGGACUCUUGGACAACCAAGGCGUCCCUACUCAGUGCAUAAAGGUACCUCGAGAGUUGUACAGUAACUUCACGACCGGAAUUUCGUCAUUCUACAAGAACAUCAUCUUCGACGUGAAGAGGGGGGUCCGACAGGGUGAUACAAUUUCACCAAAAAUAUUCACACCCACCCUCGAGAACGCAAUGCGAAAGUUGGAAUGGGACGGCAUGGGAGUGAAGGUUGAUGGUCGGCAGCUGCACCAUUUGUGCUUUGCUGAUGACAUCGUACUAAGAACACCUAGCAUCAGACAAACGCAACGAAUGCUGACCGAAUUCGACGAAACAUGUGGAUGCAUCGGUCUUCAGCUGAACCUACAAAAGACGAUGUUCAUGCGGAACGGAUGGGUCUCGGAUGCUCCAUUCACGCUCAUCGGAACGAACAUACCCGAAUGCACCAGCUACAUUUAUCUGGGUCGGGAAUUGAACAUGAUGAACGACCUGACCCCCGAGCUGGGCAGGAAGAGACGAGCAGCUUGGGGAGCGUACAAGAGCAUCGAGGAUGUAGUGAAGAAGACCAGGAAUACCCGGCUCCGUGCUCAUCUCUUCAACACCACCGUACUCCCUGCUUUGACCUAUGCUUCGGAAACCUGGGCAUUGCGCAAGCAGGAAGAAAACGCGCACCCAAUCGAAGGAAUCUUUGGGAUGUCAUUUUCUGGGCUCUCCAAUACCGGUGCUGUGCCAAUUUUUGAGCGGGCUUAUAAGCUCGGCCUAGUAGAACCUGUAUUCACUGUUUAUCUGAAAGGAGGGUCAUUUGAAUCAAAUGGUGAAUUCGGAGGUGUAUACACUUACGGUGGACUAGAUCCAGAGCACUGCGAAGAUGACAUUCACUACGUGCCCAUCAUCAAAGCAGCAUAUUGGGAGUUCCGGAUGGAACGAUACACAAUCGGGCAACAAACAAAUGACUAUGGAUGGAAUGUCAUCUCCGACACAGGAUCAUCUUUCAUCGGAGUUAUGGAAUAUGUUUCCCAGCAAGUAGCGAAAGAAGUAAACGCAACCUAUUUUCCUGAGGAAAAUCGCUUCUACAUCGACUGCAAUGCGAAAGUGAACAUGACGCUCACUAUUGGAGGACGUGACUACACGAUUGAGACGAAAAACCUCAUUAUGGAAGUUAAGGAAGGGAAAUGCCUUAUAGCAAUGUAUCCAGUGUAUUUUAGCAUGUUCACUCCCUUAUGGAUACUAGGAGAUCCAUUCAUUAAACAAUAUUGCAAUAUCCAUGAUAUGGGCGCACAACGCAUUGGAUUCGCCAGAGCUAAAUCCGUGUAG